AUGGCUUCUCUUCUCGGGCCUUCUUCUUCCAAUUUACUCCUCCACCACCUGAGAGAAGUCCGUCUGCCAACGAUCCGAGAUGCAGAGGUCGAAGGAAGCAGUAACAUUGGAUGGGCUGGCCACAGUCCAGCCUCAGCUGCUAUCGUGGCGCCAAACGCUGCUUUCAGCUUCAGGGGCCCACAGACGACGGUGUACGCGGCGGUCUACUGUGGCGGCGGAGGUACUGGUUUGUGUCCAGAGAAGGUCCUUCUGACUGCUCUCCCGGUCAAUGGACCCACCCGACAAGACGCUAUGGCUGCAAUCACUGCGUUCCGGUUGAACAUGGCCUUACGCCAUAGCAGCAGCCGCCGGCAAGUGGUGGAUUUCUGUUUUCUGGUUCCGGCUGAGGGUGGUGACCAGAAUUUUGUGGACCCCGCACCAAACGGGGGACCCAAUUAUAUCCCUGAUCUCAAUGUCUCGCCCCCGGAUGCGACGGCUCCGGCGACGGAGUUCGUCGGAGAAAUCGAGAGACAGAACAUCUCCCGGUUCACUGAUUACGUGGUGUGGUACCUGGGCGAGUACUGGAGUGAUGAUGAGGUGGCGGAGUACAGGAAGAUUCUGAGCGGCAAAAGUGAAGCCGAAAUCGGAAACCUGGACUCGAUUCGUAUCUGGAAUAUUCUCACCCUGAGAGCCGAAAUUCAGAAGACGCUCGUUGCGAAAGGGCUCGUUGAGGCCCCAAUCGGCUCCGAAUCCGAUGAUGUUCAAUUCCCGCCACUGCAGCAGCUGCUUCCCAUUCCACAACAAGGCUGGACGGCCGCCCUCAACCAUGCUCAUAUUCAUUGUCAUGUCAUUGCUGCCGCCGCCGGCACCGGUGCCAAUUUUAACGGCAACGAUGAAACUAUGUCGGAUGGUCGCAAUUAUGGUGUUGGUUAUGAGAAGCAGAGCAACGUGGCGAAGCGCAAAGCGGUGGCUGUUGGUGGUGUGGACGAGGACGACCCAUGUUGUCCCUAUGAUCUGCCGAAGAAGAAGCCCAGCCACGGCGUCGGGGUUCUUCGGAUCGAUGAGGCUAAAGCCCUGGCUCGGGACAAGGCGCCUAUUGAUGAAGCAGAGGAGGAGGGCGUGUCCUCUGAUUCUGACUCAUCAUUCUGA